GCUGCGUCUUCCCAGGAGCAGGCAGCAUCAAGCCCAGGAGGAAGACACGGAUCCCGCCACGAGCACUCAGCAGACAGCUCUGGACACUCAGGCACCGGCCGUGGACAAUUCUCAUCUGCAGUCGACCACCAUGGACACUCGGAGUCCAGGGGUAGUCAGGCCAGUGACAGCCAGGCGCAUUCAGAAGACUCAGACUCACAGUCAGUGUCAGGCCACACACAGGCUGGGCACAGUCAGCGGAGCCACCAUGAGUCCGCACGCGGCCGGUCAGGGGAAAGGUCUGGACGUUCAGGCCCUUUCCUGUACCAGGUGACCACUCACGAACAGUCUGAGUCCGCCCACGGACACUCCGGGCCCGGCACUGGAGGAAGACAAGGGGCCCGCCACGAGCAUGCACAAGACGGCUCCAGGCACUCAGAGUCCCAUGAGGGUCAGGACGCCACUGGUGGACAGCCGGGGUCAAGCAGAGGAGGAAGGCAGGGAUCCCACCACGAGCAGUCGGGAGACAGCUCCGGACACUCAGGGUCCCAUCACCGCCACACGGCUUCCCAGGGCAGGUCUGAUGCUUCCCGUGGGCACUCUGGAUCCAGAAGUGCAAGCCGACAAACACGCAGCCAGGAACAGUCAGGAGACGGCCCCAGGCACUCAGGGUCGCAUCACCACGAGGCUUCCACUCGGGCAGACAGCUCUAGACACUCACAGUCGGGCCAGGGACCAUCAGCGGGCUCCAGGGCCAGCAGGCGCCGGGGAUCCAGCGUUAGCCAGGAGAGCCACAGCGAGGGACACUCGGAAUCUGACUCCGAGAGGCGGUCUGGGUCUGGUUCCAGAGACCAUCAUGGGUCCGCUCGGGAGCAGUCGAGAGAUGGCUCCAGGCACCGCGGGUCCCAUCACGGAGACAGAGCCGGUCACGGGCACUCGGCAGACAGCUCCAGACAGUCAGGCGCUCGUCACGCAGACACUUCCUCUCGUGGGCGGGCUGCGUCUUCCCAGGAGCAGGCAGCAUCAAGCCCAGGAGGAAGACACGGAUCCCGCCACGAGCACUCAGCAGACAGCUCUGGACACUCAGGCACCGGCC